CUCAGUGCUCAGCGCUUCAGCAGUAGUUCGCGUGUGGGACGCGGUUGUGGAAUAUCUUAGCCAAGCUCUCUUCCUUCUGUACUAUCACUCUAAGCUCUAUUUCACGCGGAUUAUGGCAGAUCCACAGCUUGCCAACAAGAUCGAAGAAUACAUCGAAAAAAUCCACUAUUCCGAUCGCUACACGGAUGAUCACUACGAAUACCGUCAUGUCAUUUUACCCAAACCUCUUCUCAAGUUUAUACCAAAGGAAUUUUUUGAUGAGAAGGAGGGCACUCUUCGUUUGCUGACAGAAGCUGAAUGGAGAGGGAUCGGGAUCACCCAGAGCCUCGGAUGGCAGCAUUAUGAAGUUCACGGUAUGUAUGACUUCUUUGUGCUAACCUCACAUGUCGUUGAAUCCUCUCCAGCUCCCGAACCUCACGUAUUGCUAUUCCGUCGACCUAGGAACUAUGUACCCCCAGCACAACCUCAGCAAGCCGCUAAGGCAUCUAACUCCAGGAAGAAGUAACCGUGUGUACAUUCGCUCAUUUAUUUGUAGCU